GCUAUAAUCGAGAUCGAUAUACAGGAUUAAAUUAAUUACUCAUCUCUAUUUUCAAGUUCUUGUACAAAAUAUAAAAUGAGUUCAAAUGAAUAUUAUUGGGGCAACACAUCACAUGAAAUUAAAAGGGUAUUCUACACAUGGACAAUCGAAAACUAUGAUUUGCUAAGAGAUUUGCAAUUGGAGAUUGGGCUGCUAUCCCCAACGUUUCCAAGCAACGAUAGUGAUCUGAAAUUUUGUUUGGAGAUAGUUUCAAGCGAUUUAUGUGAAGAAGACCCUGCACAUUUGCAUGUUUGUUUGGAUACCCUCUCCGACAACUCGAUACAUAAGGGCAAGAUGAAAAUAUAUUUGGAAGGAUGUUCAGAUGAAUACUGCUGUUUUACAUUAAAUACACCUGAAAGAUUUUGCUUCAAAAAAGAUUUCGAAGAGAAGUUUCCUGAUUUGAUCUGUGAAACACUAAUUAUACACUGCGAUAUUGUUUUGGUAGUAAACACAAUUAAUAAAUGUGAAGAACACCAUAACUUAAUCAAAGUUCCUAAAUGCAAAUUAGCUGAAGAGCUUGGCAUUAUGCUAAACACAAAGGAAUUGGCCGAUGUGACAAUCGUCACUGGUGACGGCCAUAAGAUACCAGCUCAUAAGUUUAUACUAUCAGCACGCAGCAAAGUCUUUUCGGCCAUGUUCAAGCAUCCACUAAAGGAAAAUAGAGAGAAUUGUGUUGCUAUUAGCGAAUUUACUUUCGCUGUUGUCACGGAAUUGCUACAAUUCAUGUACACGGGGGAAGCACCUAAAUUGGAAGAUAUGCCUGUAGAUCUACUGGCGGCAGCUGACAAGUACCAGUUCGACAGGCUUAAGGCGUUGUGUGCCAAGGCCAUGAGGGAUAAUCUAUCCAUAGAAACUGCACCUAUAGUGCUAAACGCAGCCGAUCUCUACAACAUGAAAGAUCUUAAGAUCGAGACAAUUCAAUUUAUUCAAACCAAUGCUGGCGAAAUAACAAAGACGUCAAACUGGAAAAAUAGAGGCUUUGGUCGAACAAAAACUACAAGAAUUAAACAUAAAUGAUGAUUAUUUGAAUGAGCCAAGAAAAUA